GAAAAGAAAAGUGAGAACAAAUAAUUUCUUUAUUUUGCAAAACUCGCUCGCUGGUUUGUUGUCUUGUGCUGUGUGCAGUGCUGUUUGUGAAAUAGAAAAGCGUAAUUACUGGCCUUUAAUAGGAGCCAAGCGAUUUCCUCACAGCACAAGGGUUGUUCACAUGCCAAGCGUAGCCUAACGCUCUGUCUAUAACAAGCAUGGAUAGUGUGCUCUAAAGAAUUUUGCAAAAAAAAACUCAAAAACGGAUACGAAAAUAAAGAGAACAACAUGAUUUCGGCAAAUAAUUUGGAGCCGCUCGCAGCGCCCAGACACUUGGAAAUGAGUGGUGAACAAAAGUUAAUGGCUUACAAGCGGGUUGGUCAGGCGGUGAAUAUGUCUGUUGAUCGUUUGGUUACCAUUGGAGAAAUCAUUGCUGAGGGUUUUCAGGACAUCAAAGGUGAUAUGUUUGAGUGCUGUAAGGAUGCUCGGGAUACGGGGAAAUCCAUUGAACAACUUUGUAUAUCGGGGGAUUUGAUACACGACAGUGCUGGUGUGCCCAAACCCUAUGUGGAUCAUACGGCCAUUGUUUUGGCCUCACGUUCCCUGCUGACCUCCAUAACACGGGUCCUCUUGCUGGUCGACAUUAUUGUGGUGAAACAAUUGUUCAGCUUCAAAUACAAGGAUAGCAAAUGUCCCCAGAAUUUGGAAUGUGUCAUGAACUUUACCAAAUUUGUGCAGGCCUUCUCUGCUUUCGGCACCGAAAUGGUGGAAAUGACCUAUUUAACCGGUAGUAAUGCCAAUUGUGCCAAAGAAGAGCGGCGACGUUCGGAAAUAUUGUCGGCUCGCCAAGUGCUGGAGCACUCGGUCAAGGUUCUGAUAACCUCCUCCAAGGUGUGUAUGGUCCAUUACAAUUGUGUGAUUGCACGCGAAAAUCGCAAUACCGUGUUCUGUCAAAUUCGCCGCGGCAUGGAUCACAUACAUUUCAUCAUCAAGGAUACCAUAAUCGAAUCCGAAUGGCAUUCGACGAAACAGCAGCAGUAUUCCUACUACAACAACGACGAUCGUGGCACCAUACAUGCCACCAUACAACACUUUACCUAUCUGAUGCAGUGUUGCCGCUACAAAACGAACAAACACGGUGGCGGAGAUCCCUAUCUGAAUUCGAAAUUCAAUCACAACUCUUCGUAUCGCAAGAAGGCCCUGGAGCGACGAUGGGUAGCACCACAUGACAAUAAAACCAAAACGAAGCUAUACGAUGCCACGGGACUGCCCGAAGGAGAGCGCCUGCUAAACGAAUGCUACGGCUUGGAUGAGUACUCCUCGUCGGCGUCGGGUAGUCCCAAAUACAAGACGACAAUCAAUCAAUCCUGCGUUUGUGAGGAUCUCAUUGAAAAACUACUGAUCUCAUUCGACAGAAUCCUGGAGAACAUACACGAUUUCACCGACUCACCCUAUACCAGUCAUGAGAUGCGCGAGAGUAUUCUGAUCUAUUGCGACCACUGUACCCGUGAGCUGAACAAAUACCUACGCAUUGUUGUCAAGCAGGGUGACCAGCCCUAUGCCAAAGAUCCGUAUCAGGAUGAGUACAUAGACACGGUGUUGUCGGCCGUCAAAACACUCUCCGAACAAUUGGUCGCCUCGGCAGCAGAGCAGUCGCGUGACAUGUUUCAUGCACUGAAAAUGUCCACGGAACUGGUGAACUCUCUGAAUGCCAUAAUUUCACAACAAAACUUGCCGCAAUUCACCCAGAAAGUCAACGAGUUUCACGAACAUUGUGAUCACAUUUUGGAUGUGUGUAAACUGCUGAGGCACAUUGCCGUGCAGGAUGCUCUCAAAGAGCAGGCCAGCCAUGUGUCCAUAAAUCUACGAAUCUAUGGACCUCAAGUAAUAUUAGCUGCCAAAAUACUAACGAAAUUUCCGCUCAGCAAUGUGGCCAGUGAGAAUUUUGAUGCUUUUGUGGAAAUGUGGACGUGGCUGGUGUCCGAAGUGAAUAUUGUAGCAAAGAAGAUCUUGGAAUCGAUGGCCGUAAUAAGUGAACAAGAUUUAAAGUACCUGACAUUUGGGAGUAGCACUGCAUCGGUAUCGGAUGUUGCCAAACCGGCGAAAAGUGUUAAUUUUCCUAAGGACUUACCGGAACCCAGUAAGGAGCUAGAUCUCGAGGCCGAUGCAGUCAAACGCGAUUUGCAACCUCGAUGGAAUGAAGAUCUCUGCGACAAUGACAUAAUUAAAAGAGCAAAAAAUCUUUCGGCCAUGGCAUUUCUAAUGUAUCAAUUUACCAAAGGUAAUGGUUCGCUGAAAACCACACAAGAUCUCUUCACACAAGCUGAAUAUUUUGCUGAAGAAGCCAAUCGUCUCUAUAAGAUAUUAAGACAAUUUUCCUAUCAGGUCCCCGCAAGUCCACACAAAAAAGAUCUACUCAAUGUCCUAGACCGGGUACCCACAUUUGUACAAACAUUACAGUUUACUGUCAAAGAUCAUACGGUGGGUCCAUCGGCUACAUAUGUUAAGGUGGAUCAUGUUAUCAGGGAAACGAAAAACCUCAUGUGUGUUAUCAAUAGUGUUGUGACAAAGUGCCUAGAAUGUGCUACAAAGACUCGCUGUGAUCAAAAAAUACAAUCUGGACUUUAAUAGUAUUACUGGAGGUCUUACCUCCUCUAUGCAUGGUGAUGACUUAGCUGCCGGUGCCAUGGAUUCAAAGGGUACAAGCAAUAGCAGUGACAUAACUGGGUGACAUUACGGUAUGGCCCGCAGAGCCAAAGGAGAUACAAGGAGAACACGAGUCUCCUUUUUACUUUUUUGAUUAUUAUUCACUGUUAAAUGCCAUCAAAAGCAAAACCAUCAACAGUAUUUCAAUGUUUAUAUGGUCAUUAUUCCAAUUUUUAUACAUCUAUUCCAUCUAUUCCGAGUGUAUUUGCGGAUUAUUUUUUAGACUUUUCCCCCUUCACAACAACAACAGCAACAAAAAAGCAAGGAGAUUUUGGUGUUCAAUGUGUAUGUUUAUCUUCUUUGUCAAAGAAAUAUACUAACUAUAUAUAUAUGAAAAAAAUUUGAAUGUUAUUGUUGUUCAUCAUCAUCAUGAUCAUGUUUUGGAAAUGGUUUUGUUUUUCUUGUUCGUUUUGGAAUUUUGAUCAGCAUUUUUUAUUAUUAUUAUUAUUAUUAUUAUUAUUAUUAUUAUUAUUAUUAGUAAACAUUUUCUCAUGUGUGUAAAACAUAACUAAAAGUACUAAGUAUUUACGAAACUAAACCAAAAAAGGAAAGAAAGAAGAAGAAGAAGUAUAAACAGUAUUCGAAAACAAAACAUCCACCCAGUAACACAUUUUUUUCUCUUACUCAAUCAAGUAUAUAUAUAUCAAUCUAACUAUCCUAUACACCACAUAUAUACAUAUAUAUAAUAUACAUUCAUACAAAA